ACCUUAUUCACAUUCCCACACCUGAACCAAGACGUUGCCGUCGCCGUUUCUGACCAUAUCCCCCCCGUGUGGUUCAACGGAAAAAUCAACCAAGAAUCCGACCGGAAAUAUUCAACCUUCGUGAUGGGGAAAUUCACUUGCGACAAUGGCGGCUGUCCCAAUGCAGCCUGGGGUAGCGGGAAGGUGACUAUCGUCAUUAGAGGAUAUUCCGACAACGGAUACAACGCAGUUGUAUACAACCAGCGGUGCAAAGCUUGCAAGAAAUUAGGAACCCUUACUCUGGAUGAAAAAUCGUACGUCGAGCGAGUCGCGUAUCGAUUGAAGAAAUGGGCUGGGGUGGACUUGGAACGCCCUAUAUACAACAAAAAGGAAACUCCUCCCCACAUAAGGGAACUUUGUGAGGGUUGUAAGAGUGGUCAUUGUGAG